CUUCCCCCCUCCAAAAAAAAAAAAAGGGGGGGUUGGGGGGGGGGGGGGGGGGGUUGGUGGGUUGUAGUGGAAGUUUAGGAGGUCUGUGAAAUCUUAGAAAAAUCAAAACUUGACGCUCAAUCCAGCUUCUCUGAAGAUCAGCAUCAUGUCAGGUGGCAUCGCGCGUGGCCGUCUCACAGAGGAGCGAAAGGCCUGGCGGAAGAAUCAUCCCCACGGUUUUGUGGCUAAACCGGAGACUGCUCCAGAUGGGACCGUGAAUUUGAUGGUUUGGCACUGUAUUAUACCAGGCAAAGCCAAGACUGAUUGGGAGGGUGGAUACUAUCCUCUCACGCUAAACUUCAGUGAAGAUUACCCUAGCAAACCCCCAAAGUGCAAGUUUCCACAGGGUUUCUUCCACCCUAAUGUCUAUCCAUCCGGAACUGUGUGUCUGUCUAUUCUUAAUGAGGACUAUGGUUGGAGACCUGCCAUUACUGUAAAGCAAAUAUUAGUGGGCAUUCAGGAUUUGCUGGAUCAACCAAAUGCCAAUGAUCCUGCCCAAACUGAUGGAUAUCAGCUAUUUGUCACGGAUCCUGAAGAGUAUAGACGAAGGGUGCGACAGCAAGCCAAGCAGUAUCCACCCCUUGUCUAGUGAAAGGCUUGUUUCACUACAUAUAAUAAACUGAUUACUUGGUUGCUUAACAUUUUCUAUAUCGAAGGCUCUUAUCUAGUCUAGAGUGAUUUUGUUACUGGCUCCUUGUUGGUCUGCCAAUUUUAGUUUUGAUGGAUGUUACUCGUGAAGUUGUGAUAGUGCCUGCUCUGUUGGUUUGGCAACAGUCGCAACUUUCUGCCAUGGCUAUGCUUUAUAACCUUAAAUGUUCAGAUUCUGGCAAUUGCAAAGUACAUAUACUUGCAAUAAAAAUAAACAAAUGUAAUAAAUUCUUAUAUGUUGUGUUGAUGUCAUUGUGCUGAAAAGGUGAGGUUAGUCUUGCUCAACAGGUUUCCCUUUUCUUUUUACAAUCAUUGCCACAGGGUAUCAUAUGCUAUGAUGUGGAUGAAUAGAAAUAUGAUAAUUGU